AACUUUUUUUUUUUUCCUUCAUAUCAUCAAAGUUCACCAAGCACCACACAGUUGAAGCGCAACAGAUAGUCAUGCUCUACCUUCUCUAAAAAGUUGUUCUUGAAUUUUAGUCCAGCAUGGCUUCUCACUUUCAGAUUCAGAAGCCAUAUGUACUGGCCACCCUACCACGACCUCUCGAUCCUACAACGGGUCGAUAUGUUGUUAGCGAAGUAUACGGAUCUGCACCUGGGACGAGAAAAAGGAAGCGCCACGAACUGGCAGUGGGAGUUGAUGGCGAAGCAGUCAAUAUCUACAAUGUUUCCUCAGCUAGACUUGUUACUUCCUAUCCAGUCCCUCCACAGUCAUUCUUUUCAUGCCCGGUAGCCUCAAUUCGGCGCAAAGUAGAGGGAACCCACGAAGUCGCAAGGUAUUCGUACGCAGCAACAAGGGAAGCUCAGGAGCACAAGAUCACACUUUUCAAAGACUAUGUGGAUGUUUCUAGCAAUACACAUUCCGCCACUAAGACCGUGUCCUUGGGCCCUGGUCAGAAAGUUGUGUGCAUUUCCCCCAUUGCUGCGCCAGUCGAUCAUCAAUCGCUAAAUGAAGAGCUUCUCGUCGUACGGGAAGACGGCAGCAUCGCCUGCCUUGAUACCGAGACUCUGCAAACUAGAUGGACCUCAUCACCUGUAGUUUUGCAUCAAGAUCUUCCAGGAGCUUCAAAAUCAGAUUUCAAAAUCGACUUUUGUUCUCCUGUGUUACUAUCCGAGUUCAUUCAAGGUGUAUUCAAGGGCAAUGACGCUGCUCUUGGUCUCUUUCCAGAGAUCCAUCAGGGUACCAAUACGGAUACCGAAAUUCUAGUACUUGUAUCCAGCCAUAUCUUGAAUGGACAGCGCAACCGGCAUCUCCAUGUUGUAGCUGGACAGCAUGCGCCCCAUGGGUCAACAAUGCGCCACCAGCAAGGCAUUGUACAAAUUCAUGCUAUACCCAUUCCUUCGUUGGCGCCAGAUGACUCCAGCUCGACCUCGUUUCGGCUUGAUCUUCGGUCUGGAAACCUGCUCGAAUUGCAUGGUCAAACAUUUAAUAUGUAUGAUUUAACUGCAAGCCUCCCCAAAGUCACUUCCACUAUGGAACUUGAUGGAACAACAUCCUUCCUGCGCCUGAGCAAGACAUCACUACUCUGCUCUACACCUACCCAUUUAAGCAUCUACAAUCCAGUCUAUCGGUCUCUUCAGAAUUCCUCCUCUAUCAACCUCGACGGCCAGACAGUGCCAAACACUGGCACUAACUUCGCAGCCUGUCUACUUGUUGCAUACUUCUCCCGCCUGGAACUUGCAGUGGCAAUUGUCGGCUCUAGCUUAGUCGCUAUUCAGCUAGAAGCCCCAGUCUUACGGACAAGAAAACGGCGCGCCGAGGGCUUGCUUAUUGACUCAAUCGGGCGUGGCGUACAGUUCACCAAGAAGCCUUUGCUUCAUGCCCCUAGCAAGGCUAUAAACACGUCAAUAUUUUCCAAUUACCUCCCAGGUUCUAUUAGAGGUGACUAUUGGCAAUCAUGGACCACAGACGAGGCUAAGGCCGAUGCUCUUCUCAACACAAAUGAUAUCCGUGGGCUUGAGCUUCUCUUAGCCGAGAAGUUUGGCAUUCAAGUCCAAGACGAUCCUCACACCCCGGAUGGUGCAGUUAAUGAGGAACCAACCCCCGCGAAGGCCUAUCCAACUUGGGUAUGGCCGAAGACUAGGGCAGGAUAUCCGCCUGCAGAUAGAAGAUGGAUUUUAUAUGCUAUUAGUCGGGCUUUCCAGUGGAACGAUAUCUUUCCUGAUGACUCGACUAUCCCACGACUGAUAUGUCAGCUCCCACAGAGCGACGUCAUUAACUAUCUCGUGGACGCUGGUCACUUGACCCUAUCCAAUGUGAGGACCGCUUUCCGAGACCAACUUCAGGACACCGAAAAGGGAGAUGCAUUUUUAGCUGAACAAAUUGUGCUCCGGCUUGCGGAUGUUGACCCUUCUUUGGAACUCCUGGUCGCCUACAUAUCAGCCACUAGCCUUGGAGCCCCAGAGCUGCUCAUCGCUAUUCGGACAAUCAUGCGAAGUCUUGAGCUAGUGCAGGACCCGAAGAAGCCUCCACCGAAGUUGCUAACUAACGGUUCGACUGAGGAGGUGGCGGUGAAUGGGGAUGGAGAUUCAGAGAUAGAGGUUGAAAACAUUGGCAUGGAGUUGGAUGACCUUGAAGAUGAGAUCCAGAAAACGGUGUCUUACUUGAAUGAGGAUGCAGGUGUCCGCGGAAAUGGGUUGAGCGUGUCAUUUGCUAAGCUUGGUAGCUGUCCUGGCAUCUCGAUGAUUAAAGCGUUACGAGCUACAUUCAAGCCAGAAGAGAUAUUGUCUCUCAUCUACCUUCUCCGUGUGGAGCUGGUCAGAGGUGCUUGGACAUCUCGCUACUUGGAUACUACCGAUUUUGAAAAGGAUUCAACCCUUGAUGCACCCCCUGAUGGUAUCAUCAAGCUGCUCGCAGAUUUGCUUGGGCGCUGCGUGGACUCCAUCGGGCCUGGUGGUUGGCUCCUCAACGAUGCGGUACUAGGGGGUGAUGACACAGGUGACUUCAUCUCGUCGCUCAAGCUCGAAGUUAGUGCCGCCUUGGAAGGAUUGGAAGACGCCGCGUAUCUCCGUGGCAUCAUUGGCGAAGCAGUGAAGUAUUGCGAAAAGGUACAGAAAACGAGUGGCCACGAUAAUGUGGUAGUGGAUACCAUGAAGCCAAUCUUACUGCAUGUAAAGGAGCCUGGUGCGCAAGUGUUGCCACUUGGGCUCAAGACGAAGGAGCGCAUUACAUCUCAUAAAGUUGGGUCGGGUGGUGAGAUUGUCGACCGAUCUCAGCGAGAGCAAGGACAUCUCAGAAGUCAGCAGGUCGGGCCGUAUUCGUUGGAGAGGAUUGCGAUAUGAGAUUUUACAUUGUAUCUACCCAAUGCUUAGGUCUAUUUACUGAGUACCUACACGCCUUUAAGGCUGUCGCAAAUCAAAAAGGGUGUGAUUCAUCCCUUAAUAUUCAUCGCAAUUUUUACUUUAAGGCUGUGUUGCUUCCUGCCGACAUAAUCUAAUAGCAUUUUACAGAAAUACCUCGUAAUCAAUAUACAUGGUUUAGGCAUGCCUAAGCCUUAUGCGUAUAGCAAACUGUCAAGGAGGCAGGAGGGCCAACGCUUUUGAAGCUAAGAAAAAGGUGGCUAAAAUUAGCUAUCACACUCCACACAUAAUCUACACUUAUGUAGGUAGAUAAGUUGUACUAAUUGAAUGCCA